AUGCAGCUCACUCGGUCUAUUUUUCUUUCCAUCGCUGGCUUUGGCUUCUGCUCUGCCACGGAUCUCAAAACGCUCCUCACCAACUCGGCCAAUAACUGGUCUCCGAACCUGACCAUCUCGUUCCCUGGCUCUUCCGCCUUCACUAACGCAACUGAUCGAUGGACUGUUUUCGAUGAGCCUACCUUCAUUGCUUCGGUCACAGUAGGCAAUGAGGCAGACGUUGUCAAGCUGGUAAAACUGGCCACGACCAAUGGGAUCGCUUUUCUUGCCACGGGCGGUCGCCAUGGAUACACCACCACAUUGGGAAGGAUGCAGAAUGGCCUCUCCAUCGAUCUCAGCCAGCUCGACAGUUACAGCAUUGACAAGAAGGCCGGCACACUUACUGUGGGCGGUGGUGUCGUCGUCGAAAGCAUCGUUGGCCCCGCAUACGAGGCUGGUUUCGAACUACAAACCGGCUCAUCAUCCUGCCCCGGCCUGGUGGGCGUCACCCUCGGCGGCGGCGUGGGCCGCUACAGCGGCAUCUACGGCCUAAUGGUCGACAACCUCCAGUCCGUGCGCCUCGUGACAGCCACCGGCCAAGUCCUGACCGUGUCCGCAACCUCCAAUCCCGACCUGUUCUGGGCCAUCCGCGGCGCCGGCGCCAACUUCGGCAUCGUAACACAAGCAACCUACAAGCUCAACCACAUCAUCCCGGGCGUCAACGGCGGCGGCGGCAUCGUUAACCUGGACAUGGUCUUCCCCGCCAACAAAUCAGCGGCCUACUUCAACGUGAUCGAAUCGCUCGCCGGCGGCCCGGGCUGCAGCCUCCCCGCCAAGCUGGGUCUCAUCAGCCUCGCGAUCUACGAUUCUGCAAGCGGUGGGCCCCAACUCCUCGCUAACUGGGUCUACAUGGGGACUCAGGCUGAGGCCGAGAAGGUGGCCGCCCCUGUUUUGGCGCUUAAUCCGACUUCGGCUGUAUUCAGCAACCUUACGUACGGGAACAUUCUCACUGAGGGAGCUUUUGGCGUCGACGCGGAGCUCUGUGCCAAGGGUUCCAUUCUGGACAUCUACACGUCGACCGUGCGCAACAUCAGCGCCUCGUCUAUGCAAGCUGCGUUUGAAGAGAUGGGCGCGCUGUACGCUGCGUACCCGGAUGCCCAGAGCAGCAUCAUCAACUUCGAGAACUUCGCCAACCAGGAUAUGCUUGCGAAGGAUGAUGGCUCCACAGUCUAUCCCUGGCGGGACGCCACUGGGAACUACAUCAUCUCGAUGUCGUGGAGUGAGGGCGCUGAUGCGGCGACCCAGGCUGCGGCGGAUACGACGGCUCAGAAUAUCCGCAGGUUACUGUCGGCGACGAGUGGAUAUCCUGGCAACGGGACGGUGACGCUUGUGAGCUAUGCGCAUGGUGACGAGGGCGUUGCGAGCAUCUAUGGGGCUAGGAAUAUGCCUAGGCUGGCGGCGCUGAAGAAGAAGUAUGACCCAAGUAAUGUGUUUAGGUUCAAUAAUGCGUUGCCCACCUCGUGGCCUUGA